CAGUUUUUGAAAGGAUCAACGGAAACAUGGGGAGGGGAAAGAUUGAGAUCAAGAGGAUAGAAAGCAACACAAAUCGACAAGUCACUUUUUGCAAGAGGAGAAACGGGCUUCUCAAAAAGGCUUACGAGCUUUCAAUUCUUUGUGAUGCUGAAAUCACCCUAAUCGUCUUCUCUAGCCGUGGAAGAGUCUACGAGUACGCUAAUAACAACAUAAAAUCAACCAUUGAGAAGUACCGUAAGGCAACGUCAAGUGCACCAACGACUUGGUCAACUCAAGAGGUUAAUGCCCAAUUUUAUCAGCAGGAGUCAAAAAAGUUGCGUCAGCAGAUACAAAUGCUUCAAAAUACUACUAGGCAUCUCAAGGGCGAAGGCCUGGACUGCUUAAAUGUGAAGGAACUGAAGCAAUUGGAGACCAGGCUUGAAAAAGGAAUCUCAAAGAUUAGGUCCAAGAAGUAUGACGCUAUACUUGCUGAAACCGAAGCUGCAGAAAAAAGGGAUAUUGAGCUAGAAAAUGAGCAUGCGUUCUUACGCUCAAAGCUACAUAUUGCUGAGUGCGAGAGGGAGCAACAGCUAAAUGCAAACACAGCGUAUAAUACGUUCCAAGCAUACUUAGCUAGGAACAACCCGCUUCAGCUGAAUAUGAUGGAACCAAUCGACGACACUCCUCCUGCUUACGUUCCAGAUCAGAAGUAUUCUCUUCGCCUUGGGUAA